AUGGGUUCUUUGAGCGACUACUCUGGAAUAUCGGACGAGCUAGCAGACCAAGCGUCCGGCUAUGGAUUGCCAUAUGGAAUCUUUGGGAUAACCAACUGGUCCCUAUUUUUUUUAUCCAUUCUUUUAACAUACGCGAAUUGUCCUCUGAUUUCAAUAUGGCGAUGGGGAAAACCUUACAAAAAACAAAAUCCGUAUUUAGCGAUUUUUGCAUCUGUUGCAACAAUAGGACCAAUCAUCUUUACAUGUAUCUAUUGCAAUGGAAAACUGGUGAUAGUAUUAAUGGCGCUUGGGCAGCUUACGCCAUGGAGUUUCAAAAUAAUGAAUGAUGGAUUUAGAAGUCAACAGGUUGAUGAAACGGAUUCUUCACACAUAAAUCUCCACUAUAGUUAUUUUGGUUGGGUUAUGAUAAUUUUAUUAUCUGUUGCUGGUUGGGUGAGUUUGAUAUUGGUGACUAUUGGACUAUUAAACACAGAUGAAACAUUUAAACGCUGGAUAUGGACAAUAUAUGCAUUAGCACUGUUAGCACUGUUAGUAAUUAUGUUGAUGCAUAAAUUUUCUUCUGGCCAUUCCUGUCUCAUUAUCAUGAUGGCAUACUUUUUAACAACUAUACAUAUGAUAGGAUUUCAUAUAAUUCUUGCUCGGAUUUCUGGUAAUUGGAGUGGGAUUGCCCCUAAAAAGUCCGGGCUAGUGUCAGCAAUUAUUUUCUUCAUCGGAAACCGUUUGCAAUUUCUAGAUUUUUAA